AUGGCUUUGUUAUUGUUUGGGUUUGAAUCGAUACGCCCCUCCCCAUCCUUCCUCCCCGGCCGCGCGCGCCACCCAGCUCCCGCCUCCCCGCACGCCCAGCGCCCCUCCCCCUCCGUUUUGGCGCCUUUUCCUUCCCGCCACGUCGUGGCGGCGUUAGAGACCAUUCUGACCGCGAGGCGCGGGGCGGGGCGGGGGCGGGGCCCGCCUCGCUAUGCAGAUCAGCUCGCUUCUGGUUGGCUAAAGCCGCGCCCGCGGGGUGGGGCCGGGGAAAGGGGCGACGCCGCGAGGGGGCGGAGCGGAGGGGAGCGGCCCUCUUUCCGCCGCCUCCCCGCCCCCUCUCCGCCCUCCGCCACCGCGCCAGCCCGGCUCCCCGCCUCGGCCUCCCGGAGAGGCCCCGCCCCGUCCCCGCCCGCCGCGCGCGCCCUCCCCAGCGGCGCGCUCCGCCCCUUUACUCCUGGCGGCGGGGCGAGCCGGGCGUCUGCAGCAGCGGCCGCGGUGGCGGAGGAGCAGCAGCGGCCACAGCAGCAGUCGCAGACGGCAGCAGCCCUGGGUCCCGCGGCGCCACUCGCCCCGCCGCUUCCCGCACUGCCUGACCCGGCCGGCGAGCCUGCCCGCCUCCAGCCCCGCCAGCGCCCUCAGUCGUCCUCUGACUCGCCCUCGGCCUUGCGCGCCAGCCGCAGCCCGAGCCGCAACGCCACCCGCAGUCUGAGCCCCGGCCGCCGGCGCAGCCCCAGCUCGCUCCGUCGCCGCUGCUGUUCGUCCCAGCACCGGCCCCGCACCACCGGCACCCUGGAGGUGGGGAUGCUCCUGUCCAAGAUCAACUCCCUGGCCCACCUGCGCGCCGCGCCCUGCAACGACCUGCACGCUACCAAGCUGGCGCCGGGCAAAGAGAAGGAGCCCUUGGAGUCGCAGUACCAGGUGGGCCCGCUGUUGGGCAGCGGUGGCUUCGGCUCGGUCUACUCUGGCAUCCGUGUCGCCGACAACUUGCCGGUGGCCAUCAAGCACGUGGAGAAGGACCGGAUUUCCGACUGGGGAGAACUGCCCAAUGGAACCCGAGUGCCCAUGGAAGUGGUCUUGCUGAAGAAGGUGAGCUCGGGCUUCUCGGGCGUCAUUAGACUUCUGGACUGGUUCGAGAGGCCCGACAGUUUCGUGUUGAUUCUGGAGAGGCCCGAGCCGGUGCAAGACCUCUUCGACUUCAUCACCGAACGGGGAGCCCUACAGGAGGAGCUGGCUCGAAGCUUCUUCUGGCAGGUGCUGGAGGCUGUGCGGCAUUGCCACAGCUGCGGGGUUCUUCACCGCGACAUCAAGGACGAGAACAUCCUGAUCGACCUCAACCGCGGCGAGCUCAAACUCAUCGACUUCGGGUCGGGGGCGCUACUCAAGGACACAGUCUACACGGACUUCGAUGGAACCAGGGUGUACAGUCCUCCAGAGUGGAUUCGCUACCAUCGAUACCAUGGCAGGUCGGCAGCAGUCUGGUCCCUGGGGAUCCUGCUGUAUGAUAUGGUCUGUGGAGAUAUUCCAUUUGAGCAUGAUGAAGAGAUCAUCAAGGGUCAAGUGUUCUUCAGGCAAAGGGUUUCUUCAGAAUGCCAGCAUCUCAUUAGAUGGUGUCUGGCCCUGAGACCAUCAGAUCGGCCAUCUUUCGAAGAAAUCCAGAACCAUCCAUGGAUGCAAGAUGUUCUCCUACCCCAGGCAACGGCUGAGAUUCAUCUGCGUAGCCUAUCACCGGCACCCAGCAAGUAGCAGCCUUUCUUUCUGCCAGUCUCUCCAGCUAGGGAGAGCUGUCUCCAGCUUCCAGCAGGACCUUCCUUCAUGCAGGAACAGCAGUGACAACUCAUUCCAGACUCCAGGUUCCUGGAGCAGCCUCCCACAGGGGAGAGAGACUCUGCUUUCCCAGGCCCCUGUGUCCUGCCCCGCCUCCUCCCCCAGAUGCUUUCAGUGUCUAGUUUUGCUGGGCUCCCCAGAAUCCUGGGGUGGGAGUGGGCCAGAACCCUGCCAUGGAACUUUAUAGUCGCCACAGAGACUUCAGGUCACCAAGAUGGGCUAGGGUAGGGGGACAAACAUGUUGGGGGUGGGAUUAAAAAAAAAAAAAAAACUAGUACCAUAUUUAAGUCCCUGUCACCUCUUCCAAACUCCUGAGUGCCUUCUGUGGGGACUCCGGCGGCCGUGCUGGGAGAAAUACUUGAACUUGCCUCUUACCUGCUGCUUCUCAAAGUCUGCCUGGGUUUGGUUCCCUACUCUUUGCCCUGUUCCCAUCCCCCCACUAACCGUGAAAGGUGCCAUCUGAAAGGUGCCAUCGGAAGAGGCUACAGGGCCAACUGCUGAGCCACCUGCCCUUUUUCCACCUCCUUUAGUAAAACUGGUCUUCCUUUUUGGUUUCUACUUAACUGUUUCAAAGCCAAGACCUCACACAGAAUGCACAACCAAUGCAACAACCAGACAAGCUGUAAAUGUGUACAGUCGGCAUGGUAGCCUGCAAAAAGGAUUGUAGUGGAUACAAUUUAAAGAAAAAAAAUGCCUUUAAGUUAUAUUUUAUGUGUUGGGGUGUUUUUUUGUUUUUGAAAGGUGGCACGUUAUAGCCUGGAAGUCAAUGUUAAUGUAUUUAUUUAUUUAUUUAUUUGGUUGCUUUCCUGUUCCAAGCUUCCACUGGCUGUUGCUGUAGGAUUUUAUUGUCAUGUUCUUUUUUUUUUUUUUUUUUUUUUUUUUUUUUUUUUUCCCAUCCUAACUUUGGGACCUUUUGGGGAGGGCUGCUAUGCUUGCUGAGGUGAAGGGACUCUGGGACAGCUGCUGUGCUACCUUCUGUGGGGGCCCCUUGCCUGCUUACUAGAGUGGGUUUGGGCUGUCUGGGAAGGGGCGUUGCUGACUGUACAUAAGACAGGCAGUUCCAGCAUGGUGUGCCUUCGGAUCCUCUUGGGGUGCUGAGCUUGGUUUGAGCAGCAUGUAGCCUGCUGGUUUUAUCUGAGUGAAAUACUGUACAGGGGAAUAAGAGAUCUUAUUUUUUUUUUUUUAUACUUGGCAUUUUUUGAAUAAAAACCUUUUGUCUUAA